AAUCUGAAACCUGAUUGUCAAAUUAAUUCGGUGAAGACGCUAAAAUCAGAAACAAACAAAUACAGAAAAUUGAGCAAAGACAAAGCGGAAGACAGUUUUCAAGAAGUUGGAUCAACAGCAACCAUUCGCAGCUCAAAGAUCAAGAAAUAUGCAAGUGCAAUACCUAAGUUGAAAGGAAAUGUAGCUAAUCCUGGUGGAUUAAGAAAAGUAAGUAAUUUCAAGAGUAAUCAGUCUACCUUCAACAAUACUGAUCUUUCUUCAAAUAAACACUGUACAGCUACAACAUCUCAACCCGAAAACAAAGUGAACAAACUUCAAGUACAGGAAACACCUACUACCAAUGUUAUCUCGAAUAAGCAAUGUCUACCUGUGCCCAAACAUACAGGUAAGAAAAACGUUAGUAGGUUGUAUAUAGUUGAUACAAUCAGUAGAACAGACAAGACAAUACCGUUUAAUAAAGGAGAUGUACAAAAUCAACGAAGCGAUGGUAUAAACAAAUACUGUCGUAAUACACGUGUUAAUGAACCGGUAACAAUUAAAGGUAGAUUAAGUAAGACUGGAACGUCGAGGACAACCCUAGUUACAAAAGAGAACAGUGAUUUGACAGAAUCUUGCACUGGUAAUCUAAGCCUCAAUUCGAAUGAUGGGAAACAAAACGAUUUAAAAAGUGCUGGAAAUCUUCAAAAAUUGAAAACUGAAUUGGAUUUUUUAUACGAGGACUUCAAUGCCGACAAAAAUAACCGUAAUGCGAUAGAAGAUCUGACAACGAAAUCUGAGAGUUAUUCUAAAGAAGGUAGGGAAAGUUUAAAAAUAAAUUCAGAACAGGACUGUAUUAGUGCAAAUAACAAAAAUAGCCGAAAAUCUCCUUUAGGUUGUCAAUAUAAAUUCAAUGACUUUACCUGUGUGGAAUUCAUAUCAACUAACAAUAAAUCAACCACUGAGAAAUAUACAUUAAAUAUUGAAGAUGACAAAAAUAAAAGUGUUACCUCCGAGGUCAAAAAUAGCUUAAAAUUGAAGAUAAAAGACAGGAAUGACAUUUUAAAAACAAAUGAAAAAUGUGAGUCAUCGAUUAAUCUCAAGGUAAAUUCAACGGAUGUGUCCUCGAACUUUAUGAAAUUUAAAAAAACGGGAAGUGAUGGUAUAAUGGACAUUGUUAUGCCUCCAAAAUAUGAUAAAGGAAGAAAACACACCUUGAGUAAGGAUAAAAUUGAAAGAAAAGUAACAGAUGAUCAGGUAAAAGAGACAGAAAAUGUAGUAAAAACAGCAAAACCUAGCGUAACUGCACACAGAUUAAAAUCAAAUAGUGGAAAAUCUGUAACAACACCACAGGUGAAAGUUAAAUCAUCAAUUAAAGAAGAAGAUCAGAGUAAACAUGAGUUAAAGAAAACGUCAGCUGGUGAUGUUCAUAAAAACAAAACAGAUAAUGUCAAAAAUAAAACUUCUGAAGAAAGGCAACUUAAUAAAGAUAAACUGUUACUAAAGAACAAAAAAUCCUAUGCUACUAAUGUUGGAAAAUCUGACCAGUUAAAAAACAAACUAAAGGAUAAGGAAUCGUCUUCGAAAGGAGAGAAAAGUAGAGGACAAGGUGAGAAGGUUAUUAAAAAACACAAUGAUAGCAAUGUAUCAAGUAGUAAAGCAAUAAACAAAGUUUGUCAAAGUAGCCCCAACAGACAGAUAGUAGAAAGUGAUAAUAGACAAUCAAGUGAUAAAGAAAUAACUGAUGAAGUGGAUGAGACUUGUAAAGCUGCCAAAGAUAAAUCAAUUAAUUGCUCUGGAGGUACUGAAACUUUCUCCAAAGAUAAAUAUUCAAAAGAUGGCAGUUCUAAAUUGUAUCCAACAUCGGAUGCGCAAAUCAAAGUAAUUGAUCAAACAAAACGAAAAGAAAGUGGAAACACAAAUUUACGCUGCAAGAACUACAUUAGGGAACAACCAUCUGCCGAUCGAUUACAUAAUAUCAGUAGUAUUGGCAAUACUAAUUCACGAGAAAUCAUUGAUCAGUUAGCAGACGGACAGAACAAUUCAAUUGAUCAGAAGGUGCAGCAAAAUGCACCGAAAAAGUUAUCUCAUUUAUUAGAUUUGAACAUCAAAUCUGAGAAAUACAUUAGUUACGAUCAUGAGGAAUCUUCUGCAAAUAUUGUUGUUUCUAAUCAAUCAGAAGGUAACUGUCAGGAUUAUAAACUUGGAAACCUGUCGUCUGCUGACAAUGAAAAAAGUAAUGAAAGUUGCGCGGGAUCAUAUCAAAGUGAAAACAUUGUAGGAACUACAGGUCAAUGUGUAAAUGAACAUGACUGUGCAGUAUCAUCAUUAUCCGUGGAGAGAAGUGUGCCAAAAGCGAUUAUUAAUGAUAAUACGAUGAUGGGAAAUGAUUUACAAUAUAUGACAAGUGUUCCUAACUUAUGUCGAGGAUUAAGUGAAAGUAUCCAAAACAAAAUAUUUGGUUUAGGUACGAAUGAUUCUUGUAAUCAGGAUAAUAAUGAUUCAUUAAAUCGGAAUACGUUUAUUAAUAUUGGAUUAAAUACAUCAACUGAAUCUACUGACAGAAAUAAUCAUGAUACCUCAUUACCAUGUACGGUGAGUACUGAGAAAAAUCGACACAGUGUCCCUACAGACACUUUAAUGGAUAUCAAAUCCUGUAUAAAAAACAGUGACCAAAUGGAUAACCACAGUAGUUCUUUAAGUGAUGAUGGAAAACAAACCGAUAGAAAUAAAGUAAAAGACCAAACAAAAGUCAAAGGCGACAACCAAGUGAGAAGAAAAUUACUUUCACCCAAAAUAUCAACCAAAAAAUUUAAUUCAGAGAUUCCGAAUUCGGUUAAUUCAGUUAAAGUGAAAACCCUGCCUAAAAGUGACAGGUCUGAAAAAGAAAAAGUGAACCAAGAGAAUGUUAAACGCAAAGAGAAAAUACCACGGACAAGUACACCUACUUCAAAAAUAUCAAAACCAAAAUCUGAUGUGAAUCGUUCAUCAUGUAUACAGAGUUCGGUCUGUUCUGGCGACAAAAAGCAACCGUAUAGUUGUACUAGUGCCACAACUAGUUUAAUUCCUAAGAAACCAAUCGACAAUCUAAUGGAAUGGAGUCCGUGUUCUGAUGUUUCAAAUGCAUCAUCUUGCGGAUCUUACAAAGGUGUAAGACCAAAAACUAUAUCGUUUAUCAGAGGUAAGACUAACGAAUCAUCCGAUAAAUUAGUAAAAACAUUAACAAGUCAAAAAGAAAAAGAUACAUCUGAUAUUUUUAAAGCCGAAUCAACGAAAAAAUCAAAUAGAAGUGUUUCUUCUUCCAAGAUAACGAAUUCAAAACAUACACUGUCUGGUAAACAAUUAUCGACCAACAGAAUAGUCUCUAUCGGAUGUCCGUCAGCCGCAAAGAAAACAGCUGAAAAUGUCAAAGAUCGAGAAAAAUCAAUCAACUAUCAAGCACAAUCUAAUGUCAAAACUGUAAGAAAAAGUUUAACUCCUUCUCCAAAUAGAAAACCUAAGGGUAAAAAUUUAACAGUUAGUGAAGAAUCUUUAACAAGCCAUAUUCCAACAAAAGCAGACCAAGAAAAGACAACUCAAAUAGUCAUGAGACCAGAUACUCUUCCACUACAUACUACUACAAACAAUAUUCUUCUUUCCUCAAGGGAGGAAGCUUCACACAAAAACACUUCAAAAGUUAAUCGUGUAAUACGACCAAACGAAUUGAAGAUGAAUGCAAAACACAAAACACAGCGUCAUUCGCCAAGUCCAACGACGUCUCUUAGUUCAAGAGCUAGUAGUAUUGCAUCAUUAUCUGACCGAAGUGCAACUCAAAAACGACCAGCUAGUAGUAAAGUCACUAAAAAAUCACAAAGUUCAAAUAUUCCUAAAACAACGAACAGAAAUCCAUCAGAAUCUUCGUCAGGGAAAGUUAACAAGAUUCCUAUAGCGUCUCGCACGAACAAACUCCAGCUUAGUAAGAUGACAGACCUCAAGACACCGUGCUCGUCGAAAAGUUGUACACCAAGUCCUACCUUGUCGCGGAGCUCUAGGGCAUCAAGCGUCGUAUCUCCUUGUACAGUAAAGAAUCAAAGUUUGAAAGUUAAACAAGAAAUAACUAAGAAGAAACUUAACAUUACCAAUGCACGAAAACCUGAGUUAUUCCAAAUUAACAAAGUACCUAUUCGCAGGGCUAGCCUAUCAAGUAUCAAAUCUGUCAAGGUUGCUAGGACACCAGAAGAUGAAAAAAUCAAAAAGCAAACGACAGCAGAGUCGAAAAUACAGAGAACAUCAAAACUUCCAAAGUCAAAAUUAAAUCAACACACCACCGUCGUCUCUAAAAUACAACGGCCACAGACAACUGAUACAAAACAUAUUGUUGAAGGUAAACUUUACAAGGAUAACGUAGAAAACAAAACUAAUGUUCAGCAAGCUGAAGACCUAUUAAAACAGUCUGACAAAAAGUCACACGAAGAGGAACAUCCCAUUUGUAAUAAUACUUCUGAUAUCAAUGUAGAAACAUCAAAAGCAGUGUGUCUAUCUGAUAAAACUGAUCAUGUUCCUACAUCAGAUCAAAUCAAAGAAGAGCCGUUUGAUUUUUGUGAAGCACAAAAUACAAAUAUUAUAACAAACCAACAACUUCAAAAACAGGUGCAAGAUCCAUUAAUGGAGAUUAGAUCUAUAUCAAAUAGUAAGACUAUUAAUCCCAUGGAUAUUCAACAGAAACCUGAAGUUCAUUCAAGUAUUGAAUCUGUGUGUAGUGAACAAUACUGGUCCGCAAGUGAAGGAGAAAACGAACACGACAGCGUACAAUUAGACGACAGAGUUGUUCAUAUGAAUCGAACUAACGAAACAAUGGAUAGUAACAAAAACGAAGAGAUUUUAUGCGGCAAACACAAUGAUGCAGCGGACAGUGAUGCAGACGAUAAGUGCGAGAAAUCUCACGUGCAGUUGAUGUCAGACAAUUGUGCAUUGAAUGCUUUGCCUUUAGAAUCUAAAACCGAUUUGUUACAUAAUUAUAUUGACAGAACUUGCACGACAGAAAAUGAUUUAAAAAAUUCAACUGAUUUAAUGAUAGAAAAUAUUAGUCAGCAGUGGAAAUAUGAUCGUGAUACGUCAGAACGGCUUAUAAACACUUUUUUGCCAGUUGAUUCGGAAGAUUUUGAUAAGGCUCAAUAUGUGUCUAAAGAUUAUGAAGAGAAUAUCUCCCAACAUUCAAAUUUAGAACAACAUCUCAAUGCAGGAAACGAUAAAUUGAGCGUAGAAAUAAAUGAAGUUAAUCGAUGUAAAUUUGAAUCUAAGUACAACAUAGAUAUAGCGGAAAAUGCCGUCAAAGAAGUAUAUGUCAAAACUGAAAAAUUAUCAGAGCCAAACAUUAUGGAGAACCUGAUAAAUCAAAACUCAUGUAAAUCAGAACAUUCACAAGAGGAAGUUGAUGAUAUAUACUUUGAACAACAAUCAGAACAGCAAUGCGAAGAAGAAUGCAAAUCUGAAACUAGUUCAACAGGCCAUCUUAAUUUAGAAAACAACAACAUUGAAGAGGACUUUGCAUCAAAACACGAUUUAGAUGGAUAUUUCAACAAUGGUUUAUAUUUAGAGUCAAGCAAGGGCGACUUCGCAACAUUCGAUAAAACGGAAACGUAUGAAGUGAGAACUCCAUCAAUACAAGGAAAUAGUCAAUUUGAAACUAAAACAAUUAAUCAAAAUGAGGAAGUUUCAAGAGUACGAGAUGAGCUAAUUUGUGAAAAUAUCAAUCUUCUAAAAAAGGAUUAUAUAAAAGAGUAUAAUGAUUGUACAGAAAACAAGACUAAUGACAGGACUAUAACAACAUUUGAAAAUGUACAGUUUUAUUGUGACCAAACUUUAAAUGAUGCUACUUUGUCAAACAACGUAUGUUCAAAGGAGGAUUUAACUUUAAUAAAAGAUGAAAUUUAUAGUUAUAAGAGUUUAACCGAUUCAACUACUGAACUGAUCGAAACAGAAUCUGAGAAUAGUGACAGCAGCAUGGCAAGCAGUAGCGUACAAAACUCCCCGGGUCCCAGACGACCACGCCGUCAGUUCAGCAGGGCAGAACGUAAACAAAAGUACGAACAAUUGUCACUUAAAAAUCCACAAACCAGCACUGUUUCCUCUUCAACGAAGAAUUCACGACUUGAUGACUGUUCACAUUAUUCAAAAGGGGAAGUGCCGGUUCUACACACCAAUGAAAUUUAUCAGACAUCUUCAUCACACAAAUCUGAAACUUUUGAUAGUGCAGGUAGAAAUAUAUCUGGUACAUGUUAUAGCGAAAGUUUAAAUUCAAAAAGCAGAUGCACAGAAAGUUCACUGAUUAAUAAAAGUACGGUUCGUCUCAAAUAUCACACGGAUGAAAGAACUAAUAAACAUGUCGAAGAAAAACUAAACGAAGAGGCAAUUUUUACUAAAAUAAUAACUUACGAACAUGAUACAACAUUAUCUUAUUCACAAAGCCAAGAUUCUGAGUUAAUUUUAUUAGAUAAAACAGCAUUAUCAAGUGCUAAACGCUCUGAAGAUUCUGAAGCGGAUGCCUCACAUGGUGUCGUGAAAAGGACUUUACCGGUUUCAAACACGACAGAAAACAGACGUGCUAUAAAUUUGGACAAACUUUUUCGUUCCGAGGAAGGGUUUUCUAUAUCUGUGGAAUGUACUUUACAACUGAAUGAACAGUUACCUACUAUAAGUAAAACCGAAAGUGUCAAUGGGAAAUCAGAUGUGCAUGUUUCAUCAGUUGACGUUGAGGAAACCGUUAAUUUGUGUCUUCCUGACGAAGAGUCCUUGUCAAGAAAUGAAAAUGGUGUUAGCGUGGAAACUCUUCAAACUGUAAGUAAUGAGCAUGCUUUUGAUAUUGGUCAGGUGUUAAACUCUUCACAUACAAAAUAUUAUCAAGAUCAGUCCAUGCCAUCAGAUACGAGUAUGCAAGAUAAGAACAUUUUCGUAGAUGCUAAUUACGAAUGCACACCAAGUACAUCGAAUUUCAAUAUGAAUAUUUCUGAUAAAGUCCCAAAUGAAGUUGAUACAAGUUUUUCUGCUGAUUUUACAUCAAAUGUACUAACAGAGACAGAAUAUGAUAUCGAGCAGAAGUCGUCAAAUUUAAAUAAAUGUGAACCUCAAUUAGAAAGUAAUUUGGUACUAGAUAACAGUAACAUCUUGCAUUCCUGUGAUACCGAACAUCUGAAACAUGAACAAAAAAUUUCAAAUUCUCCAUUUGCAGAAAUGCAUGAAAAAUUUGUGAUAUGCAUAGCUAACAAUGCCAUCCCUUGUAUUGAAAAUGAUAAGUCAUCAAAAACGUGUUCUGAUGAAGCAAGUGAAAACCAUGUUGAAGACAAUGUAAGUCAAGCUGAUAGGAAACACAUGACUUUGGAUUUGCCCACAAAUGAGAAACAUAAUAAUGAAAUGGGUCUGACAGCUAAUGUUAAAGUACAAAAGAGUAAAGAUAGGAAAAAUAUAAGGCGCCUUACCGAUACAAUACUUUUUGAUGGACAUAUUGAAAAGAACACUGAUAUUAUAACACCAAAGAUCAAGCAAAGAGCAAGAAGCAAGAGUCCUGCAGCAUGUUCUCACUCACCACGAGACAUGGAAAGUGACCAGGUACACAGUCUCUCUGGACAUGGGAAAGUUUCAGAGAUAUGUAGUAAAUUUAUUCAGAAAACCAGACCUGGAAUUAUUUCUGUUUCACCAUCUGAUCCUGGACUAACCUGUCACUUGAAAGCUGUUUCACCAUCAAGACACUUAAAAUGGGCACGUGUCGAAGGUGUAUGGCAGAGGGUUCCUGAUGAUUCCAUUAUCGCCACGUCGGACGUAAUACCGAGGGAAGUUCAAAAUAAAACUUCAAAGCCUAACAGGAAAUCGAACGAAACUUUGUUUCAAUGGAAAAAUUUAUAUGACAAAAUUCAGAAGAUUCAACAAGAAAAACGUGACAUCGAAGACGAAAACACUAUUGAAUCACAUGGUCAUAUUCAAAGCCCGAUUUAUAAUAACGAUAAAAUAGAGAGUAAAGACAUCGAAGUUGACUCAAAAAAGAGUAGAGACAUCGAAAUUGACGUAAAGAAGAGUAGAGACAUCGAAGUUGAUUCAAAACAGAGAAAAAACAUUGAAGUUGACUCAAAAAUGGGUAAAGACAUUGAAGUUUACUCCAAAAAAAGUAGAGACACCGAAGUUGACUCAAAGAGUAGAAACAUCGCAGUUGACUCCAAAAAUAGUAGAGACAUCGAACUUGACUCAAAGAUAUCAACAACCUCGAAGUCAAAGCCCAAACCACCAAAAACACUGCCAAAACCAAAACGUCAUAACAAAUCUGACCAUCCAACAGGAGCCAAUGUUUUGUCCAUCAAACAUCCAAUAGGUGAUAAUGAGCAGAACAAUGUUUCAUCAGAUGGGGAUAACGAGCUAAAAGAAAUGCACAAAAACGAAGAUGGCACUAGAAAUAAAAGUAAACAGGUGCAGAAAAGUGUCGAAGAUAAUAAAGAAAGAGAGGAAACAAUAUGCAUGCAGUUUAUCGCUUUAAAAAAAGAACAUGAAAAACAAAUCAGAAAAGAAACGUUGAAAUCGACCGCUGCCAUGAGUGAAAACUCAACUGAUGAAAGGAUAGUUGAAUUUAAACCUUUCUUAAAAUUGAAUGACGACAAUAUCAUUGAAAUGAGUAGAGAAAAGGAGCAGAAGAAUGGAAUUAAGCAAAUUGAUAGCCCUGGGGCUGACACUGUGGACAUAAAAGAGUCAAUAUCAGCAAGCAAAACACAUUAUCAGGACAAUAAAUAUGCAGAAGAGAAAGUAAAAGUCAAAUACAUGUCAAAGGAUAAAGAUCAACCCGAUGUUAUUGAAAGUAAGUCGGAACAUGUUCCUGGUACAAGGAAAACAGCAUCAGGAUGUUUAGAAAAUGUUAAAGAAUUUGAUAGUUUUGACAAUAAUGGUCAAAUGAUGCAUACAUCGGUUCCAAUUAAACAAGAGAUGUUUCCAAAGGAAGAAGAUAUUUCCUCGGAUUUUAUAGCUAAAGUGCUCAAAGUGAUGGAUUCAUUUACAUCCGAUAAUAAUCAAAGUUCUGGUGUUAAAUUCGUUGUUGGAAAUGAAGAUUCAAAAAGUGAUUUACAUAGGGAUUAUAGGAAUACAAAUUUACCCAAUGAUGACCACGACAGACCAGAGACUGGUUUUAUGUAUGGGCACAGACAUCCUAUGCUUCUGUCUGAGAUUUCAGAACUUGAAGAAAGAGGUAAUGAGGACCUUCUUGAAGAUACAAACAAAAACAUCACAAACAGAAAGGCUGUAAACAGUCCGCCUUGUAGUUCUCCAUCAUCUAUCAACAACCGAAGUCCUUGUUUACAGAGAUCCUCAUUCUCACAUAGAUCUCACAGCCUUCCAACUACCGCUCUAUCUCAUCCAGGAAGUAGAAUUCUGUAUCGUGAUGGCUCGUUUAUCAUCGAACCUGAUUUUCCAGAGGAGAUUGAUGAGGAGAAUGAAACACAUAGUCUUGACAUUGAAAAUGGAAAUGUAAACAACAGUAACACAAUAGGGAGGGAUUCGAUACAAAAUAGGACUAACUAUUCUAAGUGCAAGCGGUCACAGUCAGAAGCAGAUUUGUGUGACGUUGAUGACAAUUUGUUUAUUCAGAAUGACGGAAAUUUAACUGUAAUUGAAAAUGAAAAUGCUAACAUCCACUUACAUGGUGCUAAACCAGAACAUGUGGAUGAUUCUAAUACCCAGCAUUCUUCUAUAGAACAAAGUGAACUAGUAGAAAGUGGAGUUGAAAACAAAAGAAAAGCUAGGUUAAAAAAGAAGUCAAGAUUAGCUGCUCGAAGGAGCAGAAGUUUUAAGGAUUUUUCUGAAACAGAAAAACCUGUAGUUGCUUUACGUAGGAACUUAAGUUUUGUUGAGGCAAUAAAGUAUAAAGAAACAUUAAAUAUUCAAAAUAGAAAUGGUAGCCUUCAGAGUCUCAAUUCAACUACCAGUAUAGAAGAAUCUCCUUGCCAUGACAGAAAAUUGUCUUUAGAUGAUACCAGGAGCAAAGGUCAAGGCUUCUUACAAAAGGUGUUUGCUCGUCGAAAAGGAAGUCUUGAUCAGGGAGGAAAGAAAAAGUCUUCAGAAUCAAAAGAGUCAAUAUUAUGGAAAAUGUCUUUAAAAACAUUAUUUGGUGCCAAGAAAUCCAAAGAACAAUCUAUUGAAAAGUUACUUUGUGAAGAACCUCAAACUCCACCCAUUGCUGCCUUUCAAAGUGACAAUGAUAUUCAUAUAGUUGACUCGGCCCCAGGAUCACCCUAUUCUAGUCUAAGAUUUAAAAGGCGCCAUACAUCUGCUGAAAUUUAUGAUCACAGUGGUACCUCAUCUUCCAGAAGCUCAUUAGAUGUGAACCAACGAUCUCGUUCUGGUCGUUUUGAAGAUCAACUCAGCGUAAAGUCAUUCAAUUCAAGUAAUCUUUCUAUAUCAGAACAACCGUUAAGGCCCAAAAGUCCUAAACCAAAUGUGACAAUUGUUCGUAGAAAUUCAAAUAUAAGCUUACCAAGUUCACCCAUUAAUGAAGUCAUGUUUGAUAUUGGUGGAAAGCCUUUAGAAUCUGCUCACAGAAAAUAUGACAGUAUUGAUGCCGGAAAGAUAAUGAACUGCAAUAACUCCAAUCACUAUGCAUCUGGUGAUGUCUCUACUCACAGACCCACUAAACUGUCUGCUAUAGACCUAGAAAAGCUAGCUUCAUUGGUCCAGAAUGAUAUGACAUCCAGUAAUAGUAAUGAUAGUGGUAUACAGCAUGAUGUUAGUGUACACUCCAGUAAUGAAUCUCUAAAGGCCAAUGCAGACAGUUCAAAUGUAACAAGGAGGAGAAAGUCUCCAUCACCAAGACCAGAAAGACCAAAAUCAGAAAUCAGUGUAAGAUGGGCCGAUCUUGUAGAGACUACGGACAUAUCUCCUGUCAAACGGCGGGAGAGUGGAGAAAAUCGACCAAGACCAAAGUCAGAUUUAGAGGAUAAUUUACAACUUUUUGAUGAAAUGUAUGAGGAUAUCUUUGACGACAUUGGUUAUUUUACAGGAGGAAGCUCUUUAAGUCCAGAUAUGAAACCUUUUGGUAGUCAGAGCAGUCUCCAAUUGAUGUAUAGUUCCUUACAGAGUUUGGACUCAUUACGGAAACAUGAUUCAUAUGAGCAGAAACCAAAUAAACGACGGAUGUCCACACCUCAUCCAAUCAAAACCAGAUUAUCCAGAGUACCUCCUAAACAACAGAAACGUGUGCCCCUCACCAGAUCUCACAGUAUGCCAGAAAGUCUUGACAAACUGCACCGCAGGAGGAAACUUCAUAGUGCAAUAGGUUCAAGUAAUCUUCAUGAUAUAUACCUCCGACACUUUGAUGAUGACAGUAGUUCUGAUGAUGGUUCAGAUAUAUCAGUAGAUCACAUUAGUCUCAACGAGAAAAGUUUAAGUGCAAGAUCAUCACGAGCAGGAUUAUCUACCCUUGACGAGAUGCCAGAGAGUGAAAACCGUACAUAUGCUGAAGCAUUAUGGGACCACAUUACAAUGGACCAAGAAGAGUUGCCAUUCCGUGCUGGUGAUUUGUUAGAGAUUAUUGACAUGAAUGAUAAAGAUUGGUGGUAUGGUGCUUUAGAUGAUCACCAGGAAGGGUGGUUACCUGCUACCUUUGUUAGGUUACGUGUGAACCAAGACCAUUUUGAGGAGGAUUUUAUUGGUCGCUUCUCUGAAAUACCAGAACACACAAGUCCCAACCUUAGACGGAUCAGUAUGAUUAAUCCAGACCAAGGACGGAUCAAUGUCAUCAAUGAAAUCUUACAAGCUGAACAAGACUAUGUCAAACAUAUGAAAGAUGUAGUAGAGGGUUAUAUUAGACAUGCUCGUAAAAGAGUAGAUAUGUUUACAGAGGAAAAGAUAUCUGUGAUAUUUGGAAACAUAGAGGAAAUAUUCAAAUUUUCUACCCAAUUUCUAGAGACUUUAGAAAGUGCCUAUUGUAAAGAACAGCCUCAACAAAGUGAACUUGGAAAAUGUUUUCUUAAAUAUAGCAAAGGAUUUGAAAUAUAUUCUGACUAUUGCAACAAUCAUCCAUCCGGCUCAGCUGAACUUAAAGAUUUAUACAGAAAACAAAAAUACAGACAUUUCUUUGAGGCAUGUCGUCUCUUACAAGAAAUGAUAGAAAUCCCAUUAGAAGGCUUCCUUUUAAAUCCCGUCCAGAAAAUCUGUAAAUAUCCACUACAGUUAGCAGAGCUUCUCAAAUAUACCCCUCAAACACAUCCAGAUUAUGUAAAUAUACAGCAAGCUUUAGAAGCAAUGAAAAAGAUAGCUGCUCUUAUCAAUGAAAGAAAAAGAAAAAUGGAAAGUAUUGAGAAACUAGCUAGGUGGCAGCAUACUGUUGAAGAUUGGCAGGGUAAAGAUUUAUUAGAAAGGAGUUCUGAGUUAAUAUACUCAUCAGAAAUCAACAAAAUCAACUCUGCAGGCUGGUCACAAGAAAGAUGGUUUUACUUGUUUGAUCACCAACUUGUUUAUUGUAAAAAGGAUUUGUUAAAGAGGAAUGGUUUUAGUUAUAAAGGCAGAAUAGAUACUGAUGAAUGUGAUAUUAUAGAUAUUGAAGAUGGAAAAGAUGUGCAGUAUAAUGUAACAGUAAAAAAUGCUUGGAAGAUUCACGAGGUAGAUAAAGAUAAGUGGUAUUUAUUGUAUGCAAAAUCACCAGCUGAGAAACAAAGAUGGAUAAAAGCAUUCCAGAAAGAAAGGGAAAGAGUUAGAGAGGACCAAGAAAAUAAUUUUAUGCCAGACCAUUGGAAAAAUAAAAUAUUAAACAGAAUAAAGGCUUCUCAGGAAAAACAGAACUCCAGAACACAGUCUGAAAUACAAUACAAACAGGAGUUUAUUAGAGGAAUUCCAUCUCACGCUACUCUCCCUAGAUCCUACAGUAAAAAACAAACUAAAAGACGAGGAUGGUUCCCAUUCGGUGGGAAGCAGAAAGCAAAAUCUUGAUCACGAUAGAUCUCUUUCUAUGGAUGAUUAAUCAGAAUCAUGAUUCACUAUAUGGAUUAUGAAUAAGUUCAGCUGACAACACAGAUCAGAUAAUUGAACAGGACUGGUAUGAUGGAGAAUGGGAUCAAAGGGAGAUAAUCAAACAAUAUACAGUGAUCAAUGCAAACAAUGUGUGAUAGAACACGAUUUACAACAUACUUUAUUGUUUUAAGAUCUGAUACCUCUGUUUUUUCCAAAACCAAAUACUAACAAAGUAUUUUCUAACAAUUUAUAGUAUAUAAUGAUGAUAAUUUUCUUUAAUGAUAUGCCACAUUUCAUAUGGUGCUCUUGAUAUAUUCGUCAUCAAUCAUAAUUCCAUUUCAUGAAAUGUUAUCAUCAAAGUGCUAAUUCAUGUCAGAAAUCAAAUAAUUGUAGAAUUAAUUUAUUGUUGUAUAUGACCAAGUCAUGCUAUUUUUUUGUCAGUGUUAUAAAUUAUGUCUUUGUGAAGUCAUUAAUACUUUUUGUGUAUCUAAUUGACUCCAAGAGUAAAUUUUGUAUAAUUAUUCUAUGAAUGAAAAUAAAAAGUAGAUAGAUACUUCAUCAUUUUCGCUCAUUUUCGAAUUCAUUUUCAUUUUAGAGUUGAAGUUUUAUCCUCUUUUAUUUUUGUACUUCAUUUUACUGUGCCAUUAGAGUUUAAAGGAAAAUUUUAAUUGUCUUAUUUUACUGUAAAAUAAGCUUUUGAUUGUAAUCCUUUAUUUAAAUGUGUAGCCUUUGACCAAACUGAUAAUAUUUCUUGCUAUCAAACCUAAGUUAAAAAUAUUUCAAACUGUUCAAUACACAAGAUUAUACACAUUAGAAAUUCCAAAUGAGUGAGAAUGUCUCCCUGGCACAUUCUAUCUAUCUUGUAGUUCAUUAACAUUGUGAUCUCAUAUUCAUUUAUUUCCAUAUAUUUGCUCAUGAUAAUUGCAUUGCACAGGUUGAGGAAGAAAGUUUGAAAAAUUAGAUCAUCCAAUUUUCAAUUCAUUUCAGUAAUAAAAAAUUGAAAAGUCAGUUUGUCAUUUGAAAUAUUGCUCCUACAAAGGAAACAAUAAUCUUUGUUAUGGAAGUAAAACUAAUAAAACUGAAACAUUUUUUAAGUCUCAGCCUGUACAAAAUUAAUAAGUUAUAACUCUAGUCUUGAGUUCAAGUUUUAUGUGAUUAAUUAUAUUUGUAAAUUUUUAGAGCUUUGUAUAUAUAAUGAAUUAGUGCUUUGUAGUGACCCUGAGAUUGACUCUCAAUAGAAAGUUAAAGCGAGUAUAUUAUAUUUGAAGAUGUAUAGAAUUGAUUGAUAGACAUAUUAUAUAUUACUGCUGUUAAUAGGCAGAAGCAAGAUAGAAAAUGUAAUGAAAGAAAAGUAAAAAAUCACAAAAUUUA